AUGGGAGGAAACAAUACCGAUCUUGCAACAUACGACUGCGAUGAGAUCACCAUGCUCAACCAGACAGCCUCGCCACUGCUUCGACUUCCGCUAGAGCUGCGUAACAACAUCAACGAAUUUGUCUUCUCCACGGCUACGCUUUGGCUUCGAGUUUCAUGCUCACACGGCGUGAGACAUACUCAGGAAAAGCCAAGCCGUUGCCUCUGUCUCAGAAAUGCAGGCCAUGGUUUGACUCAAACUUGUCGUCAGUUGCGCCGGGAAGCUGCAUGCGAUGGGCCGCAACAUCUCACGACUCUGGUCUUACCGCUCUACGUUGAACUCUCUGUUCUGAUUCACAUCUUAGGUCGUCGCAAGUGCGAAAGUGUGCAGAAGAUUGAGGUGCACGAUAAAAUGGCAAGAAGACUGCGGGGUCUCAUGUUUGGGGUGUAUCUCGGACAUCGCGUCAAUCUCUGGAAAGACGGAGAGCUGGCAGGGAAGGUGUUCUGUUCGUUGAGAAGCGUCACCGUCGAGGGUGUUUGGAAAAAAAAUGUACAGAAGACGAGAACUGCGAUUAGGGCCUGUUUUGGGAGGGAGGACCUAGUGCUUAAAUUUUGCUAG